AUGGCUACUUCAGCAAUCCAACACUCUUCCUUCGCCGGCCAAACGGCCCUCAAGCCUUCCAACGAUCUCAUCCGCAAAGUCGGAGCUGCAAAUGGCGGUGGCCGCGUCGUCAUGCGACGUACUGUCAAGUCUACUCCUCAGAGCAUCUGGUACGGACCAGACCGUCCCAAGUACUUAGGACCAUUCUCGGAGAACACACCGUCGUACCUAACCGGAGAGUACCCCGGAGACUAUGGCUGGGACACUGCUGGUCUCUCCGCCGACCCAGAAACAUUCUCAAAGAACCGUGAGCUCGAAGUAAUCCACAGCAGAUGGGCUAUGCUCGGCGCCUUAGGCUGCACCUUCCCAGAGAUUCUGUCCAAAAACGGAGUCAAAUUCGGAGAAGCCGUGUGGUUCAAGGCAGGAUCUCAGAUCUUCUCAGAAGGAGGGCUUGACUACCUCGGAAACCCUAACUUGAUCCACGCGCAAAGCAUAUUAGCUAUCUGGGCUUCUCAAGUUGUGCUCAUGGGUUUGAUCGAAGGGUACAGAAUCGGAGGUGGACCUCUCGGUGAAGGACUUGACCCGCUUUACCCGGGUGGAGCCUUUGACCCGUUGAACUUAGCGGAAGACCCGGAGGCGUUCUCGGAAUUGAAGGUGAAGGAGCUCAAGAACGGUCGUCUUGCAAUGUUCUCCAUGUUCGGAUUCUUCGUUCAAGCCAUUGUUACUGGUAAAGGUCCAAUCGAGAAUCUGUUCGAUCAUCUUGCGGAUCCUGUGGCUAACAAUGCAUGGUCUUACGCCACCAACUUCGUCCCCGGAAAAUAG